CACUUGCAGAGCUGGCUUAUUCUUCGAUUCCUACCGAAAAGUGCGAUGUAUAUAGCUUUGGAGUUGUCGCAUUAGAGACAAUCAUGGGAAAGCAUCCAGGAGAUCAUCUCUUUCGGGAAUGUUCAUCAUCCACCCAAACUCAAUCGCCGAUACUGUUGAAGGAUGUGUUGGAUCAACGUCUCUCACCUUCUGAACUUUGUCUUAGAGAUGCGCAAGACAUAGUCUCAAUCGCCAAGCUAGCAUUCAUGUGCUUGCAAGCUGAUCCGCGGCUUCGACCAACUAUGGGACAAGUCUCGCGUGAGCUUCGCGUUCAAGUACCCCUAGAAACACCGCUCUCUACUAUCACCUUAGAGCAACUUCGCAAUCUCAAUGUUAGGAAAUUUGGAGCAUGCACGGGAUUUGAGCUAGCUUCAACGUUACAUGAAUAGUGCAAUGUUUAAGUCUGGAACCGUGGCUCCAAAAAUAAUUAGGGACGGCUUUCGGGGAGAUCUAAUUUCAUGAUUAUUUCCAACUUUUUGCAGAGCGAUCAGCAAGUGAACUUGCAAAAUUCAUUAAAUUGAC